AUGGAGUUUCUCUCUCAUGAGUUUAAUUACCUAAACAAAACGUUUCCUGUAAAUCUGGUUAUACAGUCCAGGGAAUCGGAUCGAGCUGGGUUUGAUGCUCAUGGCACAAACACGUUCCAGACUGUUAAUCUGGACUUUGAUCCGACUGUUGCGUUUCAUGAAUAUCGAUUUGAUUACUUGCCAGGAAAGGUCAAAUUCUAUGCUGAUAGCAAACUUCUGUGCGAGAUGACAGGGAGCGCUAUUCCUUCGUCCGCCGGCCAUCUGAUACUGCAACACUGGAGCAAUGGUAAUGCUCUGUGGUCUGGGGGACCACCUGCCGAGGAUGCCAGCAUAGUAGUUAGCUAUGUAAAGGCCUAUUACAACUCUUCCAAGACCUCGACUGAUCUAUUUGUGGAAUGCGAUGGGAGCAUGGACAGGGCAUGCAUUGUCCCAAACAUGUCAGCUCUCAACGCUAGCACAGGCGGCCCGUACCUAACUCUUGGCGAGCCUCACAUAGGUGAUGCUAGCGCGGCAAAUAUUCUCAUGUCCGCAGGAGUUGCUCAAUAUCUGGUGAUUGCUUGGCUCAUUACGUGGCUCCGUGUAGCUUGUGAAUGA